AUGGCGCAAAACGCCGUCGGCAGGCUCUUCCGCGGCCAGAGUUCCUGUACUCUCCGCCAAUCCAUCGGUUCUCUCACACAGAAGCGCAGCUACUCGAAGAAUGCAAUCCCUAGUUUCUCCCUCACGUCCUCCCCCGAACUGGACCAGGCCCUCAACCGCUUCCGCGAAGAGCUCUUUAUACCGUUUGGGCUGGGCACGCCGCAGCGGAAGCUGAUGUUCCGACAGAAAUACGCCGACCGACUGGACGAAGAGCCCGUCAGCGUGACCAUUGGCGAGGAUGAGCCGUUCCUCCUGCGGCCCAUGGACCCCCAAUCGAGACCGACGAAGAAAGAAGCCGUGGACUUGAUCGCCCUGAUGAAGACGACGAAAGACUGGCAGAACCUCAUCCCCUUCCUUUCGGGGCUGCGCAUGUCGCAUCGCAUCCUCAAGUCGGACCGGUGGCAGUGGCUGAUCCGCCGGGCGGGUCAGUCCGACGCUCUGGGCGUGGUGCUCGAGUGCGCGAAGCAGGUCGAGCGGACGGGUCUGCGCUUCAACGACGUUGAUGUCGUGCAGCGUUAUUUCUUUGAACUCCACCGCAAGGCACAACGGGGCGAUUUCCAGGACCCGGCCGUCUCCAAGGCGCUGAGCCUGGGAAAGCAGGCUGUCACGCUGAUGGAGACGCCUGAGCACGUCGAACAUAAUAUGGAACAAGACCCCAAGCGGAAGCCAUUCGUCAUCGGCACGUUGCUCGAGCUCAGUGCUGCGCGGGCCCUCAAUGUAUGUGAAGGAAAGGAUGAGACGGGUGAUGUUAGCCUCUUUGCUCGGCGCCUCCUCGGCAGCUGGGAGCUGGGCACAUUUGAUCGCGAGGCCAAGGACUGGGUCAGCAUCGACCGCAUGCUGCAGGAGAACGUGCCCAUCUACAACGGCAUGAAGCUGGCCCUGCAAGUCAAUGGAAUCUCCAAUGACAAGUCUAUUGCCCCGGGCUUGAAGACCCGUGUAAACGAGCUGGGCAUGUUGAUCGCAAACCAGAAGAAGGCCGCGCCAGAACGGGCGCAGCAAAACCCAACGCUGGGCUUGGAGCAAAGCCAGCUUUUCCAUCAGGGUUAG